AUGGAGGAGGCAUCUGGAGUUGGCCGACGGUGCUUAUGGGUUGUUGCAAUUUUAAUGCUACUUUCGUCUCUUGUUUUCUAUGUUCUGGCUGCCAGAGUCCCCGCACAAAAACGUCUUUUCCAUAUUCUUGUUUCCCUCGUCACCACGAUUUCAUUCCUCUCAUACUUCGCAAUGGCUAUGGGAUACGGAAUAUCAUAUAAACAUUAUACGUACCACGAGCAUCGCAAGCACUCGCCGGAUACCUUCUUAGAUACCUACCGUGAAGUGUACUGGAUUCGAUAUGUCAACUGGAUGCUGACAGUUCCAUUGAUUCUUACCUGCCUUACCUUUCUAUCCGGAAUCAAUGGAGCCAGUUUGCUCGUGGCGAUCUCUGCGUCCCUCAUUAUGUUUGUUUCUGCUCUCGGCAGUGCAUUCAUGAAUCAACACUACCAGUGGGCAUGGUACACAAUUGCCUGUUUAGCAUAUUUGACUGUUGUGUAUCAAAUGGGCUACCAGGGCCGUAAAGCCACGCUGGCCAAAGACCAAAAGGCCCGUAACUUUUACUCUUCCAUUGCAAUCUUCUCCCUGGUCGUUAUGCUUAUCUACCCUAUAAUCUGGGGAAUCUCCAAUAAUGCUCGAAAGAUGAACAUUAAUGCAGAGAUAAUUGCCUAUGCUAUCCUCGACAUCCUGCUUCAAGGUGUUUUCGGUUACUGGCUUCUAGUCUCCCAUGACACGAUAAGAUCCGCUGUGGUCACUCUAGAUGGCUUCUGGGCAAAUGGUGUCAACGGUGAAGGAAAUAUCCGUGUGGGAGAAAACGGGGACGUAUGA